UUUGAAGGCCAAUAUUCGGUCUCGGAUUCGUCGGGCUAGCUAUAGAUCAGCCCCCCGAUUCCCACAAAAUGAUAAAAUCUUCAUUGUCACGGUCACUUGUUUCCUUCACAGGUUAGAAAACCCCGAAGGGAAAAGGAGGUUGACUGUUAACGUCACAAGCACCCGAGCUCUGAGCUUCUUCCUCCUCCUCCUCCCCCUCCUCUUCGACUUACACGAAUGCAUUGUAUGAAGCAGAGCUUCAAUCAUCUUCAACCUCUGCUUCAAUGGAUUCCAUGUCUCUUCUCUCUCUUACUCCCAUCUCUUCCAUCUCUCUACUCAAGCUCAAGUCCCCUUCUCUUCCCUUCUCAACAUCUACCACAAGGAAUUCCAAGCUUUUCUGCUGCUUAGCUGUUGAUACGGAGAAAAACGCACCUUCAACCAGAAUCGGAGAUAAUCUACGGAUCAUGUUUGCCGCUGGAGGUACCGGUGGCCACAUCUAUCCUGCCGUCGCCAUUGCCGAUGAACUCAAGACUAUUGACCCUAGUAUUCAAGUCCUAUUCGCUGGAACCAAACAUGGAAUGGAAAGCACAGCAAUCCCUUCAGCGGGCUACGAUUUCGUUUCUAUCCCCGCGGUGCCGUUGACCCGUCCUAUAUUUUCUCUGAAAAAUCUUCUCCUUCCGUUCCGUCUGUUCCAGUAUGUGGUAGAGUGUAGGAAGGUAGUGAGGGAUUUCGAUCCUCAGGUCGUAUUCGGGACUGGUGGCUAUGUCUCCUUCCCUGUGUGCAUAGCUGCGGCACUCAAUGGGUUGAAGGUCGUGAUUCAAGAGCAGAACUCUAUGCCCGGGAUAGCUAAUCGGGUUCUCUCGAUUUUUGCUGAUCUCAUUUUUGUUGCUUUCAAUUCGUCACUAGAGUAUUUUCCAAAGCAAAAAUGUAUUGUAAGUGGGAAUCCUGUUAGGUUGUCUCUGAGGCGUUAUGCGUCCAAGGCCGUGGCAAGGUCUCAUUUCUUUCCGAAGGCAGCCAAAUCUGGGGAUUCAGAGGCCAAGGUUGUGUUGGUGCUUGGGGGAUCUUUUGGUGCCAAUGCCAUUAACAUUGCGCUUCUGAACAUUUAUUAUCAGAUGCUGCAGGAACAUAAGAGCAUGUUCAUUAUUUGGCAGACGGGUGUUCAAGCUUUUGAUGAGAUGGAGAGCCUCGUUAGGAACCAUUCCCGUUUGCUAUUGAGUCCGUUCUUGCAUUCAAUGGAUUUGGCAUAUGCGGCUGCAGACCUUGUCAUUUCUAGAGCUGGUGCAAUGACUUGCUCUGAGAUCUUAGCCACUGGAAAACCUUCUAUUCUGAUCCCGUCGCCAAACGUUGCUGAAGGACAUCAAACAAAAAAUGCUUUUAUAAUGGCAGAUAUAGCAGGUUCAAAGGUUAUAAUGGAAGAUGAACUUGAUUCAACUACUCUUGCAAUCGCAAUUGAAGAGACCUUAGAUAAUGGAAGUCUGAUGGCAGAGAUGUCUGAUAAGGCUAUGAAAGCGGCACGGCCUGGUGCUUCUUUAGAGAUUGCUCAACACAUUUUUUCUCUUGCGAAGUUAUCAACAACCUAGGAAGAGUGGUAAUAAAGUUGUAAACGAUGGAAGAGUACAGUUUAUUGAAGACCUUGGGAACAACAGGAAAAAACAAGAUAAAAUAUGAUGCAAGUAUCAAGGAUUGUGUGUCUGUGAAUGUCAAAUGACUGCUAUUGCUGUGUAAUUCACAUGGAUUUCAUGAAAUGAAUAAAAUUUGGAGCCAAUGAAGGUCAAUCAGGGGAAAGAAUGAAUAAAGUCUGCCCGGCUGAACUUGCAUUCUUGGCCAAACACCAAGUGGGGGUUCAAGAGGUUAUUGUACAAAAUGGUUGAACCACCACAUGGUUGAAUGCUAAUAAUGGAUGUGAGAACAUUUGUAUCAGAUAUAGGUUCUUUUCUAACUUCAGAAGGCUAUAGACUAUGCAUGCUGUGUAACCACAGAAAUCUUUGUGAUCU